CUGCAAGCUCCGGUCAAUCGAUUAAGCUCGAUCCACUUUCGCACUGCAGCUUGAUCAACAUGGACAAGGAGGCGGCAUGCGCUCACGCGUUGCAGAUUUGUACCAGCACCAUCUUCCCCUUCACCAUCAAGACCGCCAUCGAGCUUCGCCUCCUCGACGUCAUCGCCGAAGCCGAGUCCCCCGCCGCCGCCUUGUACCCUGCACAAAUCGUCGCCCAGCUGCCCGACGCCGCCGACAACCUGGAGGCUGCAGAUAUGGUCGAUCGCUUGCUCCGCCUGCUCGCCUCCUACGGCGUCGUCACCUGCACCACUGAAGCGACCGGCUCGAGGAAGUAUAGCGCCGCGCCCGUCACCAAGUACUUGGUCAAGAAUGGGGACGACGGCGCGUCUUCGAUGGUUAACUUGGCUCUGCUCAACCAGGAGAGGGUUGGGGUGGCUAUAUGGGAUCAAAUGAAGGAUUCAGUGCUGCACGGUGGCUUACCGGUGCAGAACGCGUUCGGAAUGUUAAUGUUCGAGUACUUGGGCUCCGAUGCUCGAUUGAACAAGGCGUUCAACGACGCCAUGUGCGGCUAUUCCGUCGUCUUCAUGGAGCAAUUGCUCCAGGUCUACCAUGGCUUCGACGAUGUCAAUGUGCUCGUCGACGUCGGGGGAAACGUCGGCGCCACCCUCCGCAUGAUCACCUCCGAGCAUCCUCAUAUCAGGGGCAUCAACUUCGACGUCCCCCAUGUCAUCUCUCAAGCACCAUCAAUCCCAGGAGUGCAACAUGUGAGCGGAGAUAUGUUUGAAGCUGUUCCGAGUGGGGAUGCCAUCUUUAUGAAGUGGAUACUUCACGAUUGGAGCGACAAGAACUGCGUGAAGAUCCUGAAGAAUUGUCGGGAGGCAUUGGCACAGAACGGGAAGGUGAUCGUGGCGGAGUGCCUGCUUCCGGAGCUACCAGCACAGACUAUAGAGGCUCAAGCGGUGUUCCAAAUGGACUUGGGCAUGAUGGCGUGCUGCCUCGGUGGAAAGGAGCGAUCAGAGAAAGAGUUCAAGGCCCUGGCAAUGGAGGCUGGAUUCAGAGGAUUCGAGGUACCUCGCAGAAUUGCUGGCGGCUGGGCGGUCAUGGAAUUCACCAAGUAAACAUUACAAUAGCCAAAUGCAUCUGAGAUCGUCCCAUCAAUAAGGCAUAUGGAGAGUAAAAAGCCCAUGCUAACCCAGGACUGUCGAUACUACUGGGCCAUAUAUACAUACAAAUACAUGACACCUAUACUUUAAAUAAAAUGUGUAAUAGAGAUCUCUCUAGAAAGUAACCGUCUCAGAUUUAUCUCUAUAAUUAA